AUGUCCCUGCUCCACGUUGGGCCCGUCAUCGACUUCAUCCUCUCCGUCCUCCCUCGUCCGCCCUUCUUCUCUUCGUCUGCAACGGCCAGACGCCACCAGCGAGAGAGAGAACCGGCUGCCUCCGACGGUUGGAUCCCACUCCUCUCCUCCGCCAUGAAGGACGACUACGUCGACGUCGCCGCGGCCGAGGCGACAGCCUCAACAGGUUUCGUCUCCCAGGAUGAGGCCGACAUGGUGCGCCUGGGCAAGGCCCAGCAGUUCAAGCGCAACUUCUCCUUCUGGUCCACCUUCGGCUUCGUGUCCAUCUACAUGGCGACCUGGGAGUUCGUCAUCGUCUCCAUGUCGCCCUCGAUCGCGACGACCGGCUACGGCGGCUUCUUCUGGACCUUUGUCGGCUCCGUCCUCUGCUACUCCUCGGUCGUCCUGUCGCUCGCCGAGAUGUCCAGCAUGAGCCCCACCGCCGGAGGGCAGUACCACUGGGUGUCCGAGUUCGCGCCGGCAGGUUGGCAGAAGCAGGCCAGCUAUGCGUCGGGCUGGAUGACUAGCCUGGGGUGGAUCGCCAGUCUUGCGGGCAGCGUGUACGUGUGCGCCGACCUCGUGCGCGUCUGCGUCAACAUCACGUACCCGGACCUCGUCUUCACCAGCUGGCAGAUCUUCCUCAUACUUCUGGGGCUGUUCUUGUUGACUAUCGUGCUGAACACGCUGGGAACGCGGGUUCUCCCGACGAUCGAGGUGGUCAGUCUGAUUGGGCACACUGUGGGCUUUAUUGUGUUUAUUGGCAUAUUCUGGGGCAUGUGUCGGCCUUUGAACGGAGGCAGGGAGGUGUUUUUGGAUUUCCAGAACAACGGUGGCUGGACCAAUCAUGGGACGGUGUGCCUCCUUAAUCAGGUCUCUAUCAUCUGGUCGAUGCUGGGAUCGGACACCAUUGUUCACAUAUCUGAGGAAGUACGCGAUGCCUCGUUGACCGUUCCCCGGGCUAUGUGGUGGUCCUAUGUAUUCAACAUCUCUAUGGCCUUCGUGAUGGUCAUCACAAUGCUCUAUGCCAUUGGACCUAUCGACUCUAUUCUCGAGGCCGAUCUGCCCUAUCUGAACCUCUUCUCGGCGACAGGGAGCGUGGGGGUGGCCCUGUUCCUGGCCAUCGUGCUGUUUGUCCUCAUCUACGCUGGUAACGUGACAGCACUUGCAACGACAUCGCGCGAGGUUUGGGCCUUUGCAAGAGAUCGCGGAUUUCCGUUUUCCGCCUGGAUUUCUCGCAUGAACCACAAAUAUGACAUGCCAUUCAACGCCAUCUACCUCUCAUCCCUGGUCGCCCUCCUGCUCUGCCUCAUCACCCUCGGCUCCGACACCGCCUUCAACAUAAUCAUCUCCGUCUCGCUCCUCGCCCUCAUGUCGACAUACAUGCUCUCCAUCGGCUGCGUGCUCCUGCGGCGGAUCCAGGGACACCAGCUGCCUCCGGCGAGGUGGAGUCUGGGACGUUUCGGCUUGCCCAUCAACGCCUUCGCCGUGGGUUACUCACUAUUCAUCGUCGUGCUCAGCUGCCUGCCGUACUCGAACCCCACUACGGCUGUUGAUGCGAACUGGGCGCCUGCCAUCUGGGCCGCGGUGAUAUUGAUCAGUGUGGUGGCGUACCUUUUCCACGGGAGGAGGAGAUUUACGCCGCCCGUUAUAUUUAUCGAGGGUAAGAGGGCGCAUGGCGAACAACUGCAGAAGGUGUUGUGA